AUGUAUAGUAAAGAAUCUGCCAAAUGGAAAGCAUAUCAAUUUUGCGAUCCUUUUGCAACUAAUGCAUUCGUUGUUGCCAACAAAAUUAAUCAAAUUUAUUGCAGACCAGACUGUGAUUCCACCCCAAAGACUAACUUGAAGAAUGAAAUCAAAUUCUUUGACAAUGCCAAUGAAGCUAAUAAAAUCGGUUUCGUACCUUGUAAACAUUGUGAUCCAAAUGGAAAAUCUUUAAUCGAUGUAGAAUUAUUGAUGCAAUGUGUAACUAAUAUUAAUGACAAAAUUGGAUUUUUAAAACCUUUGAUAGAUGAAAAUGAAGAUUUGAAUAAUGUCAAAAUUAAAGAAAAUAUUUUAAUCUCCAAAAAAUCUAACGAAGAAACCAUUAUGAAUGUAUUGGAUAAGAGUACUGGUAAUGAUUAUAAAAGAAGACAAUCAAUGCCAAACUUGAAAUCUAUUGAUUCCAUCAACUUAUCCAAAAACGAUGGUGAUCAUUAUAGAUUGGUUGAUUUAGCUUGUAGACAUUUAGCCUAUGCUGCUGCCAUCAAUUUAUUCUUCCCACAAAAAUUUUUAGAAGAUGACAGUAACGUAAGCAUUGGUAAAGAUGGUAAGAAGAAAAGAAGAAGAGGUGGAGUUUUAGGAUUCAAAGAAUUGGCUGCUAAAUCCAAAUUAUCAGCUUGGCAUUUCCACAGAGUUUUCAAGAGUGUUACUGGUUUAACACCUAAAAACUACGGUGACAAAUGUAAUGAUUUCUUAGAAAAAUUCAAAGAUUCUAAAUACAUUAACCACAAUUCAAACCAUAAUUCUAAUGUCUACAACAAAAAUAUUAAUGAUACCACCUUGCACAAUGAUAAUGACGAAUUUAAUUUAACCAAAUCAGACUCCUUACCUGAUUUGACCAAAUUUAGUUUACCAACUACCCAAUUGAAUUUACCACAACAAAUUGAACAUUUUGAAUCUUCGCCUAAAUCACAACCAGUUAUUCAAAAUAUCCAAAACACUCCACUUCAAUUAAAUGACGGACAAUUUGAAAGUGUUUUCGAUAUUCCUGAAUUAACUCAAGAUUUAGAGAUCAACGAAUUACUUUCAUCAUCAUCAACAUCUUCAUUCACACCACCAAAUUCAUCUCCAGAAGCCGCUCCUUCAUUGUUCAACUAUGAAAAACCUUAUUACAACCCAAUCAGCAUCAAUAAUUACAAUUUACCAUUAGACAAUUCUAAUAUAAAUUAUUUGAACAUGAAUGGUAUGAAUAAUAGUUUUAUGAACAAUAAUGCUGGCUUUAUGAACAAUACUAUGAACAAUAUCAAUUAUGUCAAUAAUGUUGACUUCGAACUUGAUGAAUUUAAUGAUCUUAAUGAAUUUUUAACUACCGUAUGA